AAACGCAGAGCUACAGAGAGUGACGUUUGUUUAUAUAAUCUCGGUGAGCAGAUUUGGUUACAGUUUGUCGACAUAGCAAGGAAGAAUCAAGACAGGGCGAGUCAGUUAAUCCGGUUCGAGCAUGUAUUUUAAGAUGAUUGUGCCGUUUUUGGCCGUGAUUUUGGCCGUGGGGAGCGCUGGGUUGACUGGAGCCCCAAUGGAUGCAGACAUGAACGAUGAAGGGGUUCAGAAUGCGUUACAGUUCGCAGUGGCCCAUUACAACAGACAAAGCAAUGAUGCGUUUGUGCGUCAGGUUUCCGAGGUCAUCAAGGUCCAAAAACAAGUUGUCUCUGGCCUGAAAUACAUCUUCACUGUGAAAAUGGGCAGAACCAACUGCAGAAAGGGUGGAGUUGAGACACUGUGUGCCGUUCAUGAGGAUCCCAAUGUUGCACGGGCCACUCAGUGCAAAAUAACGGUCUGGAGCCAGCCAUGGAUAAACUCCAUUAAAGUCCUUGAAAACACCUGCCUGGCCUAGAGCUUGUUACUAGUGCAGUUUGGGGCUUUUCAACAUUCAUGCAGCAAUAAAAUUUACUUGCUAUUAGUAAUAAUGGUGAACCUUAAGUCUUUACUCUUGAUAAAAUCUAAGUUUUGUUUGUCCUAAAAACCUGCCAACAACAGAUCAUGAUAAAAGACACUUCAUUAACACAUAAUCAUGUCAUCUCAUUAGACUCCGUUGCUCUGAAAAAGCUACAAUGUGUAGGAAUUUCUAAAUGAUAAAACGCAUGUUUAGUUCAUCCUUUACUAUUAAAACAUGGUUGAACACAA